AUGUUCCCGUCCGCCCAGCUGGACGCGGAGACGGCGAUCGUGGUGGAUUCCGCGGUGAAUUCCGAGGUGAUUUUCGAGGUGGUAGCAGAGGUGGUGAUUUUCGAGGUCGAGGAGAUUAUAGAGGUCGAGGUGGGGACUUCCGAGGUGGCGGCGGCGACUUCAGAGGCCGUGGUCGUGGUGAUUUCCGCGGUAGGGGUGAUUUCCGAGGUGGCCGUGGUGGCCGUGGUGGUGUGGUCAAUCUUGGCCCUCCUAUCUUCAGAAGGACAACCUAUCCCUCCACCCAGCGAAGUUGUUCGCAACACCGAAAAUGAUCUCGCAAAGGCUCUUGCUAUCAAGGGAAAGAACAAAGAGCGUCAGGAAAAAUACCCCGAACGUCCUGGUUAUGGAACAGCUGGUAAACCGGUGACUCUGUAUGCCAACUAUCUGCCACUCACCCUGCCUAACAAGCAAAUUUUCCGCUACCACAUUGCCAUUGCAGCUGAUUCUGCGGGUCGAUCUGCUCCUGUUGGCAAAAAGGCCCGACACAUCGUUCGCCUGCUGUUGGAUGAGCACUUCGCCGAGGAGAAGAACAGCAUUGCGUCGGAUUUCCGUUCGACUCUGGUCUCAUGUGUCAAGUUGACGGAGGGCAAAUACGAUGUGCGAUACAAGGAAGACCUUGAAGAUGAUUACCCUGAAACUCCCCGGAUUCACGCCGUCACCGUUCAGCACACGGGCGAGAUCAACCCGGCCGACUUGCUGAACUAUAUCACCUCCACCAAUGCCGCUUCCAUGCUUGAGUCUAAGGAGCAGAUCGUCGCUGCUCUCAACAUGAUCAUGGGUCAUCACCCCAAGACGACCGAUGGAGUUGUUUCAGUUGGUGCCAACAGACACUACAGUCUGCGCGAGGAUUCAAUGGAAUCAUAUAACCUCGGCGGUGGUCUUUCCGUGCUUCGUGGAUUCUUUGUCAGUGUGCGUGCAGCAACUGCUCGCGUUCUCUUAAAUGUGCAGGUGAAGUACAUUGCUUGCUAUAACGAUGGUCCUCUGGCCCACGUUAUCGGAGGCUUUGGUAACAGGAACACCUAUCGUUUGGAGAAAUUCCUCAAGGGUUUGCGAGUUAGCAUCACCCAUAUCGCUCGGAAGAAUAGCCGUGGUCAGCCCCGACCUCGUAUCAAGCCUAUUUUUGGCUUGGCUAGCCGCGGCGACGGUGGCUCCUCCCCUAACCCACCCAGGAUCGCUCGUCACGGCGGUGGUCCCAAUGAUGUAGAAUUCUUCCUGAGUGAAGCUGCUCCCACUCCUGCCGCUGUCCCCGGUGCACCAGAGUCCAAGGCCAAAAAGGGAAAGAAAGCGCCCAGAGCCGGACCCGCGGAGGCUGGACGCUACAUUACUGUUGCUGCUUUCUUCAAGAAGGAGUACAAUAAAGUUCUGGAUCCAAACUUGCCUGUGGUCAAUGUCGGAUCGCGUGACAGGCCUGUCUAUCUCCCCUGUGAGGUCUGCAUAGUUCAGCCUGGUCAACCAGCCAAGUCUAAGCUCUCUGGUGAUCAGACUGCUUCGAUGCUGAAGUUCGCCGUGAUGGGACGUAAGCCCGGCCAGAACGCUGAGUCGAUCGUCACCAAAGGUGUGGGUGUUCUAGGACUGGGCUCGCCAGCGAACUCAACUCUGGCUGCUUUCGGUAUCAACUCCGCCACUGAGCUGAUCACAGUUCCCGGACGCGUUCUCCCAGCCCCCAACGUCUGCUAUAAAGAUAGAAACCGUACUAAGGAGAUCAGAACCAACGCUGGUAGCUGGAACAUGCGUCAGAUUCAGUUUUCCAAGCCGACAACCAUGGCAUCCUGGUCCUACAUCUACAUCCAACAGCCGGGCUUGCGGCCAGUAUUUGAAGAAGGCUCGGACCAUCUCAAUGGCGCCCUGUCCGGCUUCCGCAAGACGCUUUGCGACAUGGGCAUGAGGGUGAGCCCGCAUCUGCCUGGAAAGUACGUCCUCCUUUCCGGUGGGAACGAUGCAGCAGAGAUUGAGACUGCAGUCCUCGAUCUGCAAAAAACGCAUAACCCAGUCUUCAUCCUGGGAAUCUUUUGCGCAAAAGACACUGGCAUCUACAACUGCGUCAAGCAAGUCUGCGACGUCCGCUGCGGCAUCCGUAACGUUAACGUUCUCGCCGAAAAGCUCGCCAACUCAAACGACCAGUACAAUGCUAAUGUGGGCCUGAAAAUCAACCUCAAACUCGGCGGCACGAACCAAGCCCUCCUGGCUAAGGACCUGGGCAUCAUCUCCGCAGGCAAGACCAUGCUCGUCGGAAUUGACGUAACCCACCCGUCCCCAGGCUCAGUUGGCACCGCCCCCUCCGUCGCUGGCAUCGUCGCCUCAGUCGACUCGACUUUGGCCCAAUGGCCCGCAGAAAUCCGCGUCCAAGGCGCCCGCAAAGAAAUGGUCGCAGACCUCGAAACCCUCCUCGUCUCCCGCCUCAACCAUUGGCGCAAGCUCAACAAAGCCCUCCCGGAGAACAUCAUCGUCUACCGAGACGGUGUCUCCGAGGGCCAGUACAACAAGGUCAUUGACGAAGAACUGCCCCUUCUCAAGGCAGCCUGCAAAAAGACCUACCCAGCCGACCAGUCCAAGAAAGGCCUCCCCCGACUAGCGAUCAUCAUCGUCGGUAAACGCCACAACACCCGCUUCUACCCCACGACCGCAGCAGACUCGAACCGCGAAAAUCCAAUCCCCGGAACCGUCGUCGACCGCGGUGUCUCGGAAGCCCGCGACUGGGACUUCUUCCUGCAGGCGCACUCCGCUCUCCAGGGCACCGCCCGCCCCGCCCACUACUUCACCGUUUGGGAUGAAAUCUUCUACCCUAGUCAUCCAGGAAAUGCAGGCGGGCCUGGUGCGGCGGAUGUCCUGCAGGAACUUACACAUAAGAUGUGUUACAUGUUCGGGCGGGCUACGAAGGCUGUUAGCGUUUGCCCGCCGGCUUACUAUGCCGAUCUGGUGUGUACGCGGGCGCGCUGCUUCUUGAGUGAUCUGUUUGAUCCGCCUUCGUUGGAUUCCGCGCACAGUGUCAGUGGCACCGAGGGGACGGAUAUGUCCCGUACUACGGAUGUGGUUAUUCACCCUAACAUUGCGGAGACUAUGUUUUACAUUUGA